CUAGCGCAUCCGCGCACGCCCCGAGCGGUCAAGCCUCGCUCUCGCUGCUGCCACGUCCCUGCAGCGCAACGCGCGUGUGGCGCAGGCACACGCCCGACCCGAAGCAGGGGCCAGAGAGCGAGCCGCCGAGGAGGGCUUCGUUCCGGUGACCGGCCGGCCGGUGAGGAGGGUCCUGCGUUCGCCGUACGUGCCAUGCGCCAAGAUGGACGCCAUGCCGAUCUCCGAUGGGCUGCCGACCAACGCCACGGAGCAGAUGCUGCCCAAGGCGUCCAGCACCGUGGUGUGCUACUCGCCCAUGAUGAUCACCACCAACGGCAUCUGGCAGGGGUUCAACCCGCUGGAGUUCUCCCUCCCGCUCUUCAUCCUCCAGACGGCCAUCAUCGUCGUCACCACUCGCUUGCUCGUCCUUGUCCUCAGGCCCUUCCGGCAGCCCCGCGUCAUCGCUGAGAUCCUCGCCGGCGUGCUGCUGGGGCCGUCGGUGAUGGGGCAGAUAGAGACCUGGGAGACCAUGGUGUUCCCGAUGCGCAGCCUGCUCACGCUGGAGACGGUGGCGCACCUGGGCCUCCUCUAUUUCCUCUUCCUGGUCGGCCUGGAGAUGGACAUCGACGUGAUCCGGCGGUCGGGCAAGAAGGCGCUGUUCAUCGCCAUAGCGGGCAUGGCGCUGCCGUUCUGCAUGGGCAUCGCCACGUCCUUCAUCUUCCGGCACCAGGUGUCGCGGAACGUGCACCAGACGUCCUUCAUCCUGUUCCUCGGCGUCGCGCUCUCCGUCACGGCGUUCCCGGUGCUCGCCCGCAUCCUCGCGGAGAUCAAGCUGCUGGGCACCGACCUCGGCCGCAUCGCCAUGUCCGCCGCCAUCGUCAACGACAUGUGCGCGUGGAUCCUGCUCGCCAUCGCCAUCGCCAUCUCGGAGGCGGACAGCGCCGCGCUGUCGUCCCUGUGGGUGCUCCUCUCCGGGGUGCUCUUCGUGCUCUUCUGCUUCUACGUCGUGCGCCCCGGCAUGUGGUGGCUCAUCCGCCGCACCCCCGAGGGCGAGGGCGUCAGCGACAUGCAGAUCUCCCUCAUCCUCACAGGCGUCAUGCUCGCCGGCGUGUGCACCGACGCCAUCGGCAUACACUCGGUCUUCGGCGCCUUCGUCUACGGGCUGGUCAUCCCGACCGGCCCGCUCGGCGUGCUGCUCAUCGAGAAGAUCGAGGACUUCGUCACCGGCCUGCUCCUGCCGCUCUUCUUCGCCAUCAGCGGCCUGCGCACCAACGUCCAGAAGAUCGACGACCCCAUCACCGUUGGCCUUCUCGUGCUCGUGUUCGUCAUGGCCAGCUUUGCCAAGAUCAUGGGCACCAUCAUCAUCGCCGCGCUCUACACCAUGCCGUUCCGCGAGGGCAUCGCGCUCGGCUUCCUCAUGAACACCAGGGGGCUCGUGGAAAUGAUCGUGCUCAACAUUGGAAGGGACAAAGAGGUGUUGGAUGACGAGUCCUUUGCGGUGAUGGUGCUGGUGUCGGUGGCCAUGACAACCCUGGUGACGCCGGUGGUGACCGGCGUGUACCGUCCGUCGCGGCGCCUCGUCGGCUACAAGCGGCGGAACCUGCAGCGCAUCCGGCACGACAGCGAGCUCCGCAUGCUGACCUGCGUCCACACCACCCGCAACGUGCCGUCCGUGCUCUCGCUGCUCGAGCUCUCGAACCCGAGCAAGCGCUCCCCGAUCUUCAUCUACGCGCUCCACCUCGUGGAGCUCACGGGACGCGCCUCCAACAUGCUCGCCGCCGCCGCGGCCUCCUCUGCCUCAAAGCAGAACCGGAGCGGAUCGGGAUCCUCCCUGCCCCCCGUGACGGAGCACAUCUUCAACGCCUUCGAGAACUACGAGAGGCACACUGGAGGCGUGUCCAUCCAGACGCUGGCGGCGGUGUCGCCGUACCAAAGCAUGCACGAGGACGUGUCCGUGCUCGCCGAGGACAAGCACGUCUCGCUCAUCGUGGUCCCGUUCCACAAGCAGCAGACGGUGGACGGCGGCAUGGAGCCCAUCAACCCGCACGUCCGCGGCUUCAACGAGAGCCUCCUCUCCACGUCCCCGUGCUCCGUCGCCAUCCUCGUCGACCGCGGGCUCAGCGCCGCGGCGGCGCGGAUGGCCACCGAGCACCACGUCGCGCUCUUCUUCUUCGGCGGGCCCGACGACCGCGAGGCGCUCGCGUACGCGUGGAGGAUGGUCGAGCACCCCGGCGUCACCCUCACCAUCGUGCGGUUCCUCCCGCCGGACUACCGGUCGCGGACCGUCUCCGGCUCGGCCUACCGCCCGCCGUCGUCGGUCGACUCGGACUCGCGCGCCAUCACCAUCAGCACGGAGGGCAAGAGCGAGCUGGAGCAGGACGAGGAGUACCUCAACGAGUUCCGGGCGCGCAACCACGGCAACGACGCCAUCUCCUACGCCAUGCGGAUGGUGGCCAACAGCGAGGAGACGGUGGCGGCCAUGCGGGGCAUGGACAACAGCCUGCACGAGCUGUACAUCGUGGGCCGGCGCCCCGGCGAGGUCGGGUCGCCGAUGACGGCGGCGCUGGAGGAGUGGAUGGAGAACCCGGAGCUGGGGCCCAUCGGGGACAUGCUCGUGUCGUCCGACUUCUCCAUGUCGGUGUCGGUGCUGGUGGUGCAGCAGUACGUGGUGACCGCAGCGCCCGCCCCCGUCCCCGCGCCGGCCGCCAGCAACGACCCCGUGCGCCAGUACGUGAGCAACGCCAACCAGCGCCCGUCGGCGGCGUACCGGACGAGCGCGGCGUCGGCACCCAAUGGCAGGUGGUCUGGCUCUGGUGGCACCGUAGGCUUCUGAUCGAGGAUCGUCGUGUAUUUCUCCCUAGCUUUUUAAGGUAUAUGUAUAGGUACUUGAUCGUUUUGAUUCAGGAGGUUGUGUUUUUAUUGUUUGUGUAGUGUAUGUAUACUGCUGUAUUCAAAUUUCGAUCGGGCAGGUUUAUAUGGUCAAUGCCAUGGGUUCGUGUCUGCUGCUUUGUUGCACUGCAAUGGACUGAAACGUGACAAAAUUCAAAGGCCA